AUGUGCAAGACGAUGACGACGAACUGGAAGCUAUUCUGCGAGAGGCAAAAUGCAAAAAAGGGGAAGAACAAUGGGAUCGGUGCAGCGGUGACCGCGGAGGAGGGACGGGUGUACCACACACCCGAUGGGGCGACGUACAGAUCCUUGGACGUCGCCGGUGGAGGCAUGUGCGCGGUUCUGACCCUUAUUGCCCUCUACAUGAUCUCCAAUGGGGACCCGUACUCGUUUGUUUUCGCGGCCGUCUGUGGUGAGGUCACGAGCGAGAUGAGGGGAUACGUGCAGUGUCUCCGCGGCAUCAUCGUCCACAUGUCCGAGGGACGUAUCACUCAUCUUGGAGACGGCGAGGAAUCUGCACCGUUUGACGAUGUGGUGGAAAAUCCUGACCACGAGAUCGAGACGAAAGGCAUGUGGAGAAUGGUGAUGCUCGCAGCCCGAGGUUUCUUGGACACCCUCGCAAUGGAUCUCCUUGCCGAGUAUUUCGGAUUGAACGGGUUCAGAGUCGUUAGGCCGGAUGGAGAUGGGCUUCUGGUGCCGUGUGACUACAAGGGCUUAACUUUGGAAGGGGAUGUCCAUCUGGCUAUGUACGACGGGUUCGGACACUUCAAGGCUCUCAUUCGUGAGGAACCUCAUCCGCAAAUGACCGAAAGGAACGCGGAUGAGCCUCGUGUGGAGCAGACCGAGAGCGCCCCGGAGGUCGCGGCGGGUGCAGACGCGGAGGAGCCUGACGCGGAGCAGACCGAGAGCGCCCCGGAGGUCGCGGCGGGUGUGGAAGCGGAUGAGCCUCGUGUGGAGCAGACCGAGAGCGCCCCGGAGGUCGCGGCGGGUGCGGACGCGGAGGAGCCUCGUGUGGAGCAGACCGAGGGAGACGGGUGGCACGUCGUGGGCGGGAGCGGGGGCAAGGUCAACGCGCACAAUGACGAGGAAUCGAACCUACUUCGCUUUGCGACCGGCAACCAGUUCAUCGUACUUUGCGACGAGGAGGAGGAUGACGGGUCGGAGAACGGAGAAGAGGCCGAUGAGACGCGUGAGGCAGACCGGGUGGAGGUGGGUGUGGACGAGGGAGAAGAGGUCGAUGAGACUUACGAGAGGAUGGAGCCGGACGGUGCGACGGCAGACGCGCACCCGAAAACCCGCAACCGGGCUGGUCGCCGGGUGGCUGGUCGGCGCACAGCUCAACCCAGCUCCAUCCGAGGGAGAGCUGGGAGGAAGUACCUGAAACGUUGUCCUGCGAGGAAUGGCCGAGUCCAAUGCAAGCGUGGGUGUGGACAUGGACGUCGACUCGAGCCCCCAAGUGGAGCAGGCUUUGUGCGAGGAGGAGGGCGUACUCCUAGGGACCGAAAAAAGCGUGACCUAGACGGGGGGAAGUCGGGAGCUAGCCAUGUGAGGAAUUCUCAAGCGUACUGGAAGGACAAGGUGGAGGGUUAUGUUGUAGCUAGAUACAGGGGAUUGUCCCCGUGGACACAGCAAGACCUCGACAGGGCAAUUAGCCUAAUGUGGCAGCGGCGGAGUGCGGAAGAAAGGCAGCAGUACGAGCCAGAAAUUAAGCACAUGCUGGCAAAAGCGCAGAGGGAAGCGAACGGAGAGGCGGAACCGGUUGCGGAGGAACCAUCGGGAGCCAUGUGUGUGAAUGGUGAGCAGCGUUCGCCGGAGAAGCAUCAACCGGAAGCAAUGGACGUGGGUGGUGAGCAGCAGCAGCUCCCGGUGGAGGAGGAGGCCCGGGUGUCACCAUCGGAAGCCAUGGACGUGGGUGGUGAACAGCAGCUCCCGGUGGUGCAAGAGGCCCAGGCGUCACCACCGGAAGCAAUGGACGUGGGUGGUGAGCAGCAGCAGCUCCCGGUGGAGGAAGAGGCCCAGGCGUCACCACCGGAAGCAAUGGACGUGGGUGGUGAGCAGCAGCAGCUCCCGGUGGAGGAAGAGGCCCAGGCGUCAUCACCGGAAGCAAUGGACGUGGGUGGUGAGCAGCAGCAGCUCCCGGAGGAGGAGGCUCAGGCGUCACCACCGGGAGUCAUGGGUGUGGGAGGUGAGCAGCAGCUCCCGGAGGAGGAGGAGGAGGAGGCUCAGGCGUCACCACCGGAAGCCAUGGACGUGGGUGGUGAGCAGCAGCUCCCGGAGGAGGAGGAAACCCAGAGUUCUUCGUCAGAUGAAAGCUCUGAAGAGGAGGCUGGAGGAAGGACACUGCGGCGCAGAGGAGGUAGAAAGAUGUCAAAACAAGAGGCUCACUGGAGGGCUGGCGUUGCCGCUGGAACUUGGACGAAAGAGGAGCUGAAAGCCAAAUUGAAAAACGAGAAGAGGAAGAAGAAGCAGGAAGAGAGGCAGAGGAGGGAAAAGGAGGAGAGGCUUCAGUAUGAUCACGAAGAGGACGAUGAUGACGCGCCCUGUGUGGGAUGUGGCGAGCUUUUUGAUCGAGAUCAGCUUGCAUCACUCGGAAAUGAGCUACGCUGCGCUGGGUGUUUGGAAGAGGAAUCGGAUGAGCGAGCAGGGUCCGUGGGUGACGCGGGUGCUGUAGAAGGCGAUCCAGAGAGCGACGUUAAUGGAGACACGUGUACCGGGGCCACAUCAGGUGUACCAGCAUCCAAAAAGUCGAAGCAAUGUCGUCGUCAAGUCUGCAACCGACUCCACAAAACUUGCAGCCAAAACGAGGCGCUGGUGGUGCCGAAGGAUGACGAGCAAGCUGAACGAAUCUUCGCCAACUACAACGAAGCAAACGAACAUGAGCGCAAACUCACCGCCUCGAAGAAAACAAUCAACGAAGUUCGGAACCUGACCUACCUCGACAUCACGAGGGCAUCUACAUGCCUCGACAAAGGUUUACCCGUCGGUGAAGAUAUUUGGCGAAAAUUGGAGAAAGAGGACUACGGGCUGUACGGAAUUACAACCCGUAGAGAGGAGGUUUCGGGCACCAAGGUUACAUCCGCGAACAACAAGGGGGAGGUCGUAGUAGCAAGGAGGGUGAAAGGAUACAAUACUUUCACCAUCGAAUGGUCGGACAGCAGGAAGAAAAACAGCGAAUACAAAACUGGAGAUGUUCUUCGCGACCGCGACGAUGGGCAGGGCGUGGUGUCACUUGGCGAGGCGACGCGGCGGAUAGAGAGGUUUCUUCGCUCAGCGCGAUGCAUGGCCGACGUCCAGUUUCACGAAUUUAUCACCAAUAACGUGAAGGUUCAUGAUGCCAAAAGUACGCGUCCACUGAGCCAGGACAAAUCCGAUGAUAUCAUCAACGGUAGGAAGCACGCCUGGGAAGAGACGGAGGCAGCUUGCGCGGUGGACAUGCUUUUGCCGAACGAAAUUGAUUUGCUAAAAUCGGGCGAGGAUCCAGACUUGUUGGGGGAGAUGAAAGCUCCCAAGUCAUGCUUCGCUUUUAUGGGGUUGGACGACUACGCCAGGAUCGGCCAAUUUGGCCUCAUCAAAAGCAACGAGGACUUCAAUUCCAAGCACCUGCCUUUCCUUAACCACUUUGUACGGGGAGCACAAGCAUCAUUUCGACUGGGUCGUCCGAUCAGCCUGGCGUCGUCAAUGGUUUUCAUGUCCGUCAACGAGCUUCCUCUCGGGUACACCACCACGUCAAACACAGACGCCAACAAGCGUUUGUCCAUCGACGGAGCAUUCGAACUCGGUUUCCCCGACGCUUCGCCAUCGAGACGCGUACAAUGUAGCAUCAAUGCUUAG